AUGGAGGAAUGCACUCAGGUUAAACUGUUCAGGGCGCUAAAUCCCUCGAGCAAGUUCGCGUACCAGUCGAUUUUGCAGUCCGACUACGUUUCCGAUCGCAUUGGCGACGUGAGUUGUCCGAAAAAGCUCAAACUCAAGCUGUUAACAUGGAACCUCGCCGCUAUGGAUACUUGUCCUAAAGAGCAUAUAAAACGGUUACUACAGUUUCAGGAGAAACACUUUGCCGAUAUUUACAUUAUAGGGUUCCAGGAGACCGUCCCAUUGACCUCGUUUGGCGCCUCGGACAAGCAGAUUGACCAAUGGUGCGACGCCAUACUUGCUGUGCUACCGGAAAAUUUCCAGGUUGUGCAAAAAACCGGCAUGUUGGGGCUCACCAGCAUCCUGGUGGUUUCCGGCGAGUACGCCGCACAGGUCUCGGACGUUCGCGUUCGCAAGGUCGGUCUCGGGUAUCUCAAUUGGUACAACAAAGGGUGUAUUGAGAUGCAAUUUUCGCUUGGAGCAAUAGACGAGAAACUAGGUGGUGUCAGGGUGCAGGCACUAAACAUGCACCUGACCCACGGCGAGGACGAAGCUGCCGUGGACAUGCGCAACCAGUGUUUGAAGAAAGUGCAGGACUCGUUCGGGUGUGUUGGGCGGGCCUCGUUUGCUGCUGAGUCGGACUGCUCUGCUCAGGAUGCGUUCUUCAAGUACGAGCUGAGCAACGACGAGACAGACAAGAUUGCACAAACAGACCUGGACCGUGUGUUUGCCAAGCGGCGGCGAAACGUGGUGCUCGUCAGCGGCGAUUUGAAUUACCGCGUCGACAGCGAGUCGUCUGCGGAGCUGGUUUCCAGCGAACAGUACAACAAGCUGCUGGAGUCGGAUCAGCUGUCUGUGCAGAAAUCCAAGGGAGCCAUUUUCUUUGGGUUCACCGAGGGACCCGUGAAGUUCCGUCCAACGUACAAGGUGAACGACGCAUUGGCGUACGAGGGGAACCGCUCGCCGUCGUACACGGACCGUGUAUUGUACAGCACGGACGACGGGCUGGAGCAGCUGAGCUACACGUCGUACGAGCUGAACGGCUCAGACCAUCUGCCUGUGGUUUCUGAGUUUGUUCUGGACGUGGACGUGGUAGACUAUGAGGCCGUUCGCAAGCUGCGUUCCGAGAUCGGUCUCCAGUUCGACAAGAUCAUCAACCAAACACCAACGAUUGACGUGGAACCGUCGUUGAUCGAUCUCGACCUUGUGCUUGGGUUCAAAGAGACAGUCGAGGUGACGGUGACCAAUCUGACUGCAGAACAGCUGCGGUACCGUUUGGAUGUUGGAAAGAAGUUUCUGCGCAAGAACGUGAUCAAACUGCUCAACGACGAUGGCCAGCUGCCACCGAAACAGGCCAAGAUUUUGCGGUUCGAGAUCGACACGCCGAGUGUCGGCCGCAUAGAGAAAACGUUCACCAUGACGUUUGACAACUUUGAGUUUGUCAAGUUCCUGGCGUUCACCAUCAACACGAAAUCGAUCAUGUUCCAGCUAAUCAGCAGACUCGACGAGACGCAGUACCGCAACAUUGUGCAGUCGAUGCAAUUUAUAAUGAGCGGGUCGUCAGAGAAUUUGGUAGCAGGAAUCCAGAAAUUGGUCGACGUGACGUCGUUGAACGAGUUCGAGGUAUCGCUGUUGAAGGAGAUGACGCUUAAGAGGGUGGACUUUGGCUUGUUGACGAAACUCAACUCCAUCGGGAUGGUCGAGAACGAGGGCAGUGUUGGACUGAUGAACGUUGUCUAUUUGUUUUUAAAGAGUGUUCCUGAAUUCGAGGCCGACAAACGGUCGCGAGUGGUGUUCCGCAAGAUGAUCGAGCUGAUCAAGUUUUUGCAGCUGGAUGAAACGUCUGGGUUCAAGUACUUUGGGUUCUUCUUUGCCGACGAACACGACUUGGCCAAGUUCCUGGAGUGA